UCGCUCUUCAUUUCUUCAUUCUUCAUUCUUCAUCUCCUCUGUUAUGGGUUUUCUCUUCCUCUCACUUUCAUGGCUUCUUCUUCCAAGUGCUCCAAUGGGACCAGUUGUUCUAGUUUGAGUUCUUCUUCUUCUUCCUCCAUGUUAUCUUCUAAGGCGGCGGAUCAGAUGGUCAAGGUUGAGAUUGAGGCUGCGGAGGCUCUUGCUGGUUUGGCGGUAUUGGCUGUCAGAGAGACUGGAGUUCAACCGUUGGAAACCAAAUGGGGGAUUAAAGGGAAAGGGAAACGAGCUAGGAAGGAGGUUAAGACCGAGUUGCCGACUUCUGGCUUUGCCGACUCUUUACCUAGUUGCGCCGAUCUGGACCUUCGGAUUGAGCAGCAGGAUAGAGGGGUGGUAAGACAUCAGCCAUCAGAGAAAGAAUGUACUAAUCAGUCCCACCCUGAGUGGGAAACAACCGGAGAGUUGAUAAAGGCGGACAAGGAGGCCGAAUCAUGUAAAGUGAGUCCUGCAUGCACUACAAGCUACCAGUUAUUUGGCUGCAGGAGGUCAAGACGUAAUCUAACCGAGGCUGAGAAGGAAGAAAGGAGAGUACGAAGGAUUUUAGCAAACAGAGAGUCAGCCCGGCAGACAAUUCGGCGUAGGCAGGCUCUGUGCGAGGAGUUAACCAAAAAGGCUGCUGAUCUAGCAUGGGAAAAUGAAAAUUUAAAGAGGGAAAAGGAGUUGGCCCUGAAAGAGUACCAAACUCUGGAGACUACUAACAUGGAAUUAAAGGAACAGUUGGCUGAAGCAGUAAAGCCGAAGGUGGAGAUCCCAGGAAACAAUAGAUCAUCUCAUGUUCAGAUGCCUCCUUUACCCACCAACUACCCUCUUUUCUUGCUUAGUCGCCUUCCGUAUUUCUGGCCAUCUGUGGUUCAACCUACAACUCCCUAUCAUGAUCUACCCAAUGUUGUCGUCGUCCCGUCAAGUAUUAAUUUGCCUGCUAAUAAUAAUGUUUCUGUGUCUGGCUCUUCCCAUGUACAAGAAAACUUUAUGGACGUCACUGGCCCGAGAACACCAUUGUGUAUACUACCACCUUGUUCUUGGUUGUUGCCUCAUCAUGAUUUUAGGAACCAACAGAAUCCUCAAAUCUGGUUUCCCGCUGGAAAUAAUCAAGAGGAUAUUUAUUCGAAAUCCCAAGACAGUGCUAAUACUUCAAAGGUUGUGCAUGCAGAAAGCAGACGUCCUUCUUUGCCUUCAGCCGAAGAAGAAAACGAAGCUCCUGAUUUGAAUGAAGCUCCUAAUUUAAACAAAGCUUCGACUCCAAAGGAUCAUACUCAGAACACAGUUGGAGUAGAUGUGGACGGAUUUGAUACCAACACAAGAGCUCAAGUUAGAAAAGUGCUUUCUCCUGUAAGACUUGAAUGUAUUGAACCCAGUCCGGCGGUCAAACAAGAUAACGGGAGCGAAGAUGAUCACUGUCUUCCAUCAAAAACUUGUGAUGACUUGUGUGAUUUUGCAGAAAGAAGACAUGAACCAGAGAUAGUCCUCUGUAAGAAAACCAUAGAUGCGAUGGCUGCGACUGAGGCAAGGAGGAGGAGAAAAGAACUCACAAAGUUAAAGAACCUUUACACCCGUCAGUGCCGUAUGCAGUCCUGAUCUAUAAUGCCAGGUAGUUUGGCAACCAUUCGUCAUCAACACAACAAUCUUAUGUGCUAAGAAUCCCUGUAUUUCAUUGGCUUUUGUUAUCAGAGGCAAGCAGAGCUGAGACGUAGCCAAAGCUCUGUCUUUACUUCGGCUUUCUUGUUGAGGCAUUCCCUGUGCAUUGCAGAGCUCAGAGAGUGUCGAGAUCUUGCUGCUGGAUGUGGCAGCGAUGGGGAAGAAAAUUUAGUCAUCGGAGCAUUUUUUUUUUCUUCGUGCCUGUUUCGAUGAACGAAAUGAGAGGUAGAGGACUAAGAUGCUGAUUACUUGCAAGAGGUUUGAGUUGGAUUUAGAGGAGGAAGAAUGUGUAAGAAUUUUGUAUUUAAAUCUUCAAAGACCCUUAAUUGGGUUGUCUACAUCUUCAAUAAAGUGAAGCAGAAGAAUGCAUCUUCUGAUGAGUAUGGAGAUCUGCUAUCUACUUUAUUAAGAAGCAGGAAACAAUAUAAAAGAUGUAGAAAACCAAAUGGAAUACUUUUUUUUACCCCCUAAAAACUUAAACAGGAAUACUUCAUACAAAUUGGAGUUGUGAUCCUAGGACUUUUGUUAA